AGAUCCCGCGGUGCUCCUCACAUCGCCGUCCAAUCUACGGCUCGGUGACGGUAGAAAGAGAGCCUCGUUAGCUGUGUGUCAUUAGCGCUUUAGAUGUGACUAGAUUGGACUGUCGUACUGCUGCUGUGCCAAACAUGGACCCGCGACAAGUUUGACUGGAUUGCCUGUUCUGCUUUUGACCCGCGCACUAUCAAAGGCUAUGAGACGCCAUGAUUGGGCCAGAGGAGGACAAUCCCACACCCCCCGUACACAGCAUGGACACCAAAAGGCACGCUGCUGAAAGGUGACCUCCAGACACUUCACCUCCCCAAAACAUUUGAAUAUGCCAGGACAUAACAAUGAGCUCCAACAGCACAGACCCCGGUCUCUUCCUGACAGCAAACACCUCACUACCAGCAGCCAACGCUCUCCACCAAGGAGGAAGUGUCGGAGCCCCCUGGUUGGGUUUUCACGUGAAUGCCCUGGAUGAUAAUAUCUCUUCCACCAGCAAUCUCCUAAACCUCACCUCGGAGUCCAAAAAUGUAACUACCGUCCCCUCGGGCGGCCAUCCUUUGUGGCAGGUUUUCCUCAUUGUCUUACUGACAGGCAUGCUGUCACUGAUCACCAUCAUUGGCAACAUCCUGGUGGUGGUAUCCUUCAAGGUUAAUCGCCAGCUGAAGACGGUCAACAACUACUUUUUGUUGAGCCUCGCUGUGGCUGACCUCAUCAUCGGGGUUAUCUCCAUGAACCUCUACACUGCGUAUCUUGUGAUGGGCUACUGGGCCAUGGGCAACUGGGCCUGUGACAUGUGGCUAGCUAUAGACUAUGUGGCCAGCAAUGCAUCAGUUAUGAACCUUCUGGUCAUUAGCUUUGACCGCUACUUUUCAGUCACCAGGCCUUUGACAUACCGAGCCAAACGGACAACAAAGCGAGCUGGGAUUAUGAUCGGUCUAGCCUGGUUUGUUUCUUUUGUUCUAUGGGCCCCAGCCAUCCUACUAUGGCAGUAUUUUGAGGGUGAAAGGACUGUUCCCGCGAAUCAGUGCUACAUUCAGUUCCUCACAGAACCAACUAUAACCUUCUGCACAGCCAUGGCAGCUUUCUACCUGCCUGUGACGAUAAUGAGUGUUCUCUACUGGCGCAUUUACCAGGAGACCCAGAACCGCUCAAAGGAGUUAGCUGGGCUGCAAGGGUCAGGGAGUCGUGGUGGGACUGGAGGAAGAGGAGGGGAUGGUGCUGGUGAGAGAGCCCGUUUCGUCCAUCAGACAGGAAGUUCUAGAAGUUGCAGCAGCUAUGAGCUGACCAGGUUGUCCCGGAGAAAGAGCACAUGUCGAGAGCUGGUUGGCCGCUUCCGCUGCUGGCCUGGGGUUCGUUCUUGGAGACCUGGUAGUACCCGGCAGGGCGAUGGUGAUCCAGACCAGAGCAGCAGCGACAGCUGGAACAACAACGAUGCUGCAGUGUCGUUGGACCACUCUGGGUCUUCGGAGGAUGAGGACUGUGGAGGCAAAGAGAUGAUUUCCCAAAGUCAUGCUAUUUUCUCCAUUGUUCUCAGCCUACCUGGGAUAAAAGCUGCUGUCAACUCCCAGCUCACCUCAUGUGAGGAUCUGGAUGCAGCCUCAGAGGAGGAUCCCCUGAGGGGAGCAGAGUAUAACCGAGACAGCGUCUCAACAGUCACCACCAACACCACUGCCACCACAACUCCUGAUGGAGCUAUCGGUUCUGAAAAUAGCUACCACCAACGCUUCUGCUCACGCAAGAUUCAAUCAAUGCCUACCAUCCAGGCUACAUCCAACCAAGUAUCUGAUGAUCCCCCAACGACUACCACCACUGCCGACGACAGCACUACCACCAGCACCACUACCAAAUCCCCCUCUGUCCCAAUGUCCUUCAAAGAGGCAGCUCUGGCGAAGCGUUUUGCAUCGCGAGCCCGGACUCAGAUCACCAAGAGGAAGCGCAUGUCCUUAGUGAAGGAAAAGAAGGCAGCUCAAACUCUUAGUGCCAUCCUCUUUGCUUUCAUCAUCACAUGGACACCUUACAACAUCAUGGUGCUGAUCAAUGCCUUCUGUAAAGUUUGCAUCCCGGAGACCCUGUGGGCCGUGGGGUACUGGCUUUGCUACGUCAACAGCACUGUCAACCCCAUGUGCUAUGCCCUGUGCAACAAAACUUUCCGUACAACAUUUAAGAUGAUACUGCUGUGCCGCUGGGACCAGAAAAAAAGGAGGAAGCAGCAGUUUCAGCAGAGGCAGUCAGUGGUCUUCCACAGGAGGAUCCCCAGGGAGUCCACGUAAAGGACAGCAAGUUUGGAUGGUUGAUAACAGAAAAUUUAACAUAGGAUAAGUAAAAGAAAGAAGCAUCCAUGUAGUUGUUUGUGUGGAGUUUCUUUGCUUCCCAAAUGUGUUUCUCUGCUGGUACGUCAAGCACAGCAAUCCUGUGGCGGUCUUGAGGUAUGUGUUUGUGUCGGUGCAUCCAUUUAGCAAUGCUGUGUGUGUAAAGGGUUGUGUAAGGUAAGGUCCAGAGAUAAAAACUCUCCCUCUGUCCUUGAAGAACUCUUUACCUUUCACGCUUGUGCAGCUGAGAGAAAAUGGACUGAGUGGAAAACAAUAGAAAAGGGCUUUAAAAUGCAUUGCAGGAGAAUUUUUUUGAAGUGCAAUUGACACAAGGGGAAAGGAUAUCUUUGUCACGGGGUUGGGGAUCCACAUUUGUUAUCAUUUUUCUCUGUGGGUAGCUAGAUCUGUAAUGUGCAGAGUGGUUUUGCAUUUCAAACAAAACUAUGUAUCUGUAAUACGUGACUGAAAGCCAAGACAAAAACUAUUUUGUGUUCACAGGCUUCUACAUUGUACUGAUUUAACCUGCCAUCCUCUCAGUUGGCAUGUGUUUUUAUCAGACUUCUGUACAUUGCCUUUCUACUUGGAUAUAGCUUUCCUGUGUCUGAUGGAAUAUAAAAAGUUCUUGAAUUGUGUCCUUACUUUCAGUCAACAGAGAUCUGUUAUUUUUGUGAUAUUCAUUUUUGUUUUUUCUAGAUAUUCCUGACAUUUUGAGCCAGUCUGAAAAUGAUUCUUCUGAUGAAUUGAGUUGUGAAUAUUUUGUGUGGCACCACAGUUGGUGAACUGCUGUUGUGUUCAAUGUGAUUGUUGUGGUUUUUAUGGUGGAGAAAAUAAGUACAUUGGUUGUGUUUUAUGUACUUGCAGUUCUCUGUCAAGAGUAAUGAUUAUACAUUGAUGAUAUUCUUUGUGUACAUUUGGAUAUUUCUGACUUGAUACACGAUUGAUUGCACACACAAAGAUGUCCAUUUAUAAAGAUGCGUGUUUUGAUUUUACACUGUCUUUUAGAUUUCUACAAAAUGAUACAUCUGGGGAACUCUUUGUAAAAGACUACCCGUCGUUGAUUUAGUGGAGCAAUGGCAGCCUCUAGUGGUUUGAGAAAGACUUGUUGUCCAGGCUGUAAUUUUGUCAGUCCAGUUUCUACAGUGCAGUGUCAAAAUCCCAUUUUGCCAUUAUGAAGACAAGAAAAUGGCAAUUUUGAUAAUAAUUGGGCAAUAAUAAUUCAUACUUAAAGCUUGUUUGGUUUUGUGAAUUGGCAUAAAGAAAUCAUGUUUCAUGUAGAUUUUUUUUAAAAAAAAGAAGGAAUGGCCAUCAUUGAGGUUACAAUAUCUUAACAUUUUAGUUAGCCUGAUCCUUUUUUUCCCCAUAUAAUUUAUGGGUGAAGUUUUUCUUGAUUAUUAAGACAGCAAUUGAUUUGUAAAUAGAAUUGCUGUCUCUGUCAUUGUAUGUUUUUUUUAAAAAAGUGGCCAAACACCACACACCAACAGACGUCAACAUAAAGACCUUAAGCAAGAAUUAAUUUUCCUUUGUA